UAAAGCUUCAAAUACUAUUGACUAUCAUUUUAAUGGCGUCAACUAUAUUGCGUAAAUUUUAUCAACAGUCUAUUAGAUGUAUACAGAAUGUGACAUCAGUACCAAUUAAAACUGUUUCAAGUUUAUAUUCAACUGAUGUGGAACCUAAACAGAAUAAAUUAACAUCACCUGUAAAUUCAUGGAAUGAAUGGGAUCCUUUAGAAGAAAUCAUUGUUGGAACACCAGAAUAUGCGACAGUACCACAUUUGUUACCUGAAGUGAAAACUUGUGCUGCAAGUGCUAAACACAAUUUCUACAUUAAAAAUGGAGGUAAAUAUUGGGCUGAUGUUAUACCAAAAGAACAUUGGCAACUGUUAUGCAAACAAGUUGAAGAUUUUGUUAAAAUGCUUGAAUUAGAAGGUAUUAAAGUUGUUCGACCUGAUCCAGUCGAUCAUAGAAAGUCAUAUAAACUUCUUGACUUUGAAACACAAGGCUUCUAUGCUGCUAUGCCAAGAGAUUUCUUAUUAAUUGUCGGUGAUGAAAUAAUCGAAGCGACAAUGACUUGGAGAUCAAGAUAUUUUGAAUAUUUGGCCUAUAGACCACUUGCUUUAAAUUAUUGGAAACAAGGAGCCAAAUGGACAAUUGGACCUAAGCCAACUAAUUUUUCCAAAUUAAUAAGAGAUGAACCUAUCAAUGUAGGUCUCAGUGAUGAACAUAAUCCAGAUUAUGGAAAAGUGACAACAGAAAGUGAACCAUGCUUUGAUGCUGCUGACUUUAUACGUGCUGGACGGGAUAUUUUUGCACAAAGAAGUCAAGUCACAAAUUUAUCAGGAAUCGAAUGGGUUAGAAGACAUUUAGAGCCUCGUGGUAUAAAAGUUCAUAGGCUUUCAUUUGUUGAUCCAAGACCAAUGCAUAUUGAUGCAACUUUUACUUUAGUUAAACCUGGUAUAGCUAUUCAAAACCCUGAUCGUCCAUGUCAUCAAGUUGAUUUUAUCAGAAAAGCCGGUUGGCAAGUUAUCGACGCACCACAACCAUUAAUGAAAAAAGAUCAUGAAAUGUGGCUUGGUUCCAACUGGUUAUCAAUGAAUGUCUUGAUGUUAGAUCAGAAUAGAGUAAUUGUAGAAUCUGAAGAGACAGGGAUUCAAGAAAUGUACAAAAGUAUAGGAAUUAAACCAAUCAAUGUAAAAUUUAAAUAUGCAAAUUCGAUUGGAGGAGGGUUUCAUUGUUGGACGUGCGAUAUAAGACGGCAAAGUAAACUAGAAUCAUAUUUCGACUGGUCCAAAGGUGAAAUACCACGAAUUUGAAAAAUAUAUGUAUGCAAUCAAUGAAUGUAAGAUGUAGGAACGUUUUUGAUUUCCCUUUUGUAUUAUUGUCAUUGUUAAAGAUAAAUAUAAUGUAUUUGACUUGUGGAAAUACAAAUAUAAUCUAACAUUAAAAUUA